UCGUGCAGAAAAGUCGAGGAAGGUUGUCAGUAUUUGCCAAAAAUAACAACACAUCCAAUAUAAACAAAUAUUGAAAAACGAGUGAAAAAUAAACAUAUUUAAUGUGAAUUACAUGAAGUGCAGUUCAAAAAUAAACAAAGUAUAUACUUUUCAUACAGUAAAAUAAAUCUACAGCAAGAGUAUAAAGCAAAAAGAUUGCACAAAAAAAUGCAAGACACAAAUACAAGUAAAGUCAAAAAGUGAUGUGAAGCAACCAUAAAGAAAAUUACGAUUAAAAAUUGAGGAAAAGAAAAUUCCCAGACGACUGCUACCAAUUGGAGUGCAAUGGAUUUUGCAACAAAAAUUCUUCCAAAUAAACUAUAACAAAGUGCGCUUCCAGCAGUUACAUUUCCAAAACAAUGCACAGAUUUGCGCUUUCUAUGAUUCGUAUGCGAGCAUAAAACAAAACAGAAAGUUGGAAAAUAAUAAAAAAAUGGCUACAAAGCAAUCAUUAGUGAACAAAUAAAACUUGUAUUACAACGCAAAAAAAAAAAAGAAAAAAGUGCAACUGAUAUUUGUUUGCAUUCAGAAAGUGUUUUUGUUUUUGUUUUGUUUUGUUUUUUUAAUUAAGGAAAUACAAACGCCACAUGUGUAGCCAAAGAACAACAACAAAAUCUAUAAUUGAAGUAGGUGUGUUUUCGAAAUAGAAAAGAUACCCCCUGUAAAACUGCCGCAUCUUUUUUGUUGUUCGAAAAUCGAUAUCAAGUUGAGUGUUAAAGAUCGGUGUUCCUUUUGAAUGUACAUAGUAUGUGUCUUCACAUCAUUUUCGUUCAUUUUUGUUUGGAUUUUCCGUUGAAAAAGUCAAAAUUUUUCUUGUUUAUAAAUUAGUGUGUGUCAAAAAGUAACUAAACAGUUAUUCGACGUAUUUGCGCGUUCCGUUGCCUAAACGCAUUGUUUAGUGCAUACGCGAUUAGUGCGAGCGAACGAACCUACUACGCCACGCACACGCUCCGCUCUCCACCAACAACAACAGAGCAAACGGCUACGACGCCAAAUCGCGUUCGAAGAGUUUAAUUUGUUUGUUGCCCGCGAUUUCGAUUCACUAUCAAUCUCGUACGCAGCAGGCAGCAUAGUGUCGGCCGGUGAUGCUUUUUAGUUCCGACGCGUCGUCAAACAUUCAUCACAGCUGAUAGCGAUGAAUCCAAAUCAACACAGUGGUCCCGGUCCACCGUCAGCUAAAGCAAUCGCAACAGUUUCAAUGAAUUCAGCGACAGGACAGCAUAAUUCGUAUAUGGGAAUCGGUGUGAGUGGUGGUGUUGGUUACGGUGCGGUUGGCGUUGAUCAAGUUGACGCUUCGAUAAUGGCGGCAAAGACAUUUGCAACAAAGUGUGCAACAACAGCAACAACAACAACCACAUAUGGCGGCAUGAAAAGUGCUUACGCGAGUGCAACACCCAAUCUAGGGACGAUGACAACAAUAACAACAACAACAGCAACAGCAACUAAUGGUGGUGGUGUUGGUGUCGGCGCUGACACGCCCUUUGCCAUGACAAAUGGGUGUGCCAACAACAAUAGCACUAUGAGCAGCGGCAGCAUUAGUAACAACAAUGCUGGCAACAAUCAUUCUGUGCCACCGCCCGUUGCGCGUACAAUCUCGUCAGAUCGUCUGGUGACGGGGCCUUCAUGCAAAGCACUCAGAACUGCGGUGUCAGCACUUUACUCCGUUGAUGACUUUGUCAAGGAGAAAAUUGGCUCUGGAUUCUUCUCCGAAGUGUUUAAGGUCACUCAUCGUACAACUGGCGAGGUUAUGGUGCUGAAGAUGAAUCAGUUACGUGCAAAUCGACCAAAUAUGCUCAGGGAGGUACAACUACUUAACAAAUUAUCCCACCCGAAUAUAUUAAGUUUCAUGGGUGUCUGUGUGCAAGAGGGCCAAUUGCAUGCCCUCACUGAAUACAUCGAAGGUGGUUCGCUGGAGCAGCUGCUGGCCAACCAAGAAGCUGUGCUAACAGCUGCUAUGAAAUUAAGACUGGCGCUGGGCAUUGCAAAUGGCAUGGCGUAUGUGCAUGAUGCGGGCAUUUUCCAUCGCGAUUUGACAAGCAAAAAUGUGUUAAUUCGCAAUUUGUCUGAUGGCCAAUUUGAUGCAGUGGUGGGCGAUUUCGGUUUGGCGGCAAAAAUACCAGAUAAGCAUGGCAAAACGCGCCUGGACACAGUCGGCUCACCGUAUUGGGUAAGCCCUGAGUGUCUCAAGGGUCAGUGGUAUGAUCAGACGAGCGAUGUCUUCUCCUUUGGCAUUAUACAAUGCGAGAUAAUAGCGCGCAUAGUCGCCGAUCCGGAUGUGAUGCCGCGCACCGACGCCUUCGGCCUGGACUAUUUAGCCUUCGCCGAGAUAUGCCCCGUGGAUACACCGGCUGUAUUUCUAAGACUGGCCUUCUACUGUUGUCUCUAUGAAGCCAAGAGCCGCCCGACUUUCCAUGAAACCAUUAAAAAGUUGAAGCAAAUUAUACAAGAGCAUGAAAAUGGUUGCAAUGGAGAUUGCAGCACAUCGAGUCCCCUGAAUUCACUUGAGUUGAAUGGCUCACUUAGUGGCGGCAGCUUAACAUCGAUGGAAAGAGAAAACCUAAAUCAAUCGGCGAGUCACAAAAACGGAUGCAUGCGACAAUGCUACUCCAGUAAUCCACUUCGAAAUUCAGCAAGCUGCAGUUGUCGUAAGAGCAGUGUGCCGGUUGUCCAAACCGCGCCCGCAGGCUCCCGCUCGCCACAACAUUACAAUGAAUUAGAUGAGAAUGGCUUUCGUUUCCCCAAUGGCAAAAAUGGUGGCACUGACUGCAGUACAACGCCCUAUCAAACACCCAAUGGUUCGUCGGCGGACUACAACGAAUUCGAAGAUCACGUACUGGAGACGCGCGUACGUCGUGUCACCAAGAAGCUAGAAGCUGAUCUGCAGUUGCAGCAGCAUCGUCGCUCUUUUAGUGAAAACAUCAUUCACUUCCCCCUGCACACUACGCCUAGCGACAAGGCGCGUUGCCACCAAAUGCAGCGACAGCGCUCGUCCACACACUCUCCAACGCCACCAGCUCAGUCGCGCAUAAACGGUGGUAGUGAGCACGCAUCAGCAUUGGAAGCCAGCGUUGCUACGGUCGCAGACGAUGCCACACAAGCAACCGUAGCCGCAAAAACGCUACCGACGCCGCAAACGGCCGCACUAACGUUACGCAAAGUCGCGGAGACAAUGUGCUUGAAGGACCCGCACUACAAGCCCAUACGUUCCGAUCACAAUGGCGUCAAGAGCAACCCAUUCACAACGCUGGCACAGCUGCGUGGCGUCAAAAAGAUACUAGGUGCCAAUCCAAAAACCUAUGCCGCCGGUGUGGGGGAUUUGUUUAGUUCAUGUUUUGAGAUGUCAGCGCCGUUCUUCAAAGAGCUGGCGGCUGAGUUGGCCAAAAGCACAAACAAAACGGCGACAACAAGUGAGGUUGGUUGCGCGGUCGCAGCCCGUAUGGGUGGUGGUGGCGUUGGUGCUGGCGGUGGUCGUGGACUGCCGUCCGCACCUAACGAACCAAAGAGCUUGCCCUCAUCGCCGCAAUUGACGCGCAAAUUCAGCGUCGCUGAGUUGAAAUCGCAAGGUAAAAACGCGACAGUGGUCACAGCUACCGCAGACUCCCCAGUUGUCGAGGACGACGAUGAUUGCGACGAUUGUGCGUCCGAUGCUGAGCCCGAUGGCGAUGGCGGUGGUAAUUGCGCGGAUGCCGAAUCAAGCAGUGAUGACUCCGCCGAGCCACGUGCUAUGCAUCUUUCAACGCCAGCUGCGCGCAAGUAUCGCGCCAAUUCGCUUUUUACGCAUCCUCUAUUUUUGAGUAGUAGUGGAAACGGGAACACCACUGGAAAUGCUAAUUUGGACAAGGCUCCGGUCAGCGCAGUGACAGGAACAGGGUCGGCAUCAACGGCAACCAUGAGUACAGCAGCGACGGUUGUAGGCGCUGAUGGUGCGGGAAACGCAGUAUAUUCGACUUCUGAGGAUGGCUGUGAUGAGCGCAAUUCACCGAAAAUGAAAAUGCCUGCAAAUAUUGCAGCAUCUAUGAUUGCGUCACCAACGCCAUUGGCCGCGCCACCAGUUGCUUCAUCCGUAGCCACACCGGCAUCCGUUUCAUCCUGUACCGACUUUGAGUUGCACGAAAUAAAACCAAGUGAUUUGCUGCCGAUUAAAGGCACUCUUACACGGCGAGAUUCCAUCGAAAGUGGAUUUUAUUCGUGUUUCAACGAAGAAUCCGAUCCAGCAAUCACCAACUCGACCACUUAUCGACAGCUAAACUGCGCUGGAGCAGGCGGAAGUGGCGCGCUGCCUUUCGCAUGUGGCAGCAACUGCUGCAUCGAACAGCUGAAAGCGCAACUGAUGCUGGAGGCGGGGUCAAACAACGAAAUCAACGACAAAUUGGCCAGUCUGUGUCGUUGUUGUUACUACGCCUGCACGGGCUCGACGGCCGGUCUACAAGCACAGCAAGGUAAUGGCGGCCAACUCUUGACAGACUCAUCAUCAAACUCCUCCUCGGUGCUGCUAUUCGACCCAGAAAUAAACACGGUAAAUACCUCUUCCUCGGGCGCAUCUCUCUCGCACGAAGCGGCUGCUUUACGUUCCCUCGACGACCUAGAACUGCCGGAUACCGGUCGCCCGCAUCAUCGCCGCUACACCUGUCAUCAUCAUCAUCUUUUAGGCGCAUCAAAUUUACACGAUCCUAAUGUCACAGCUACGGCCGCUUCAACCACCUCAAUCGACAUGGGUCUUAUGAAUCGCUUAGCGCUGGAUGCGGGCAUACAUUCGGUUUUACAACGCAACAAUUUCGCUGUCAAUCAAUUGCUCUACUGCAAGAAUCGCACCUCAUCCAUUUACACCGACAGUUCGGAUGACAUCAGCAGCUUGGCCGGUUCCGAUUCGUUGCUAUGGGACGAUCGUUCCUUCACUGCUAUACCCAGCAAGCGUUCAGAACAAAUCGCCACAAUUGUUGAGUAUUUCGAACGGAAACGACAAGUACCUGACAUGGUGCCACCCAGCCGUGGUGCCUUUCUACGCAGCGGCAGUGGUACUACUAGUGCAGGCAGCACACACACAAGCACAUCGAACAGUUCCGCAUCCACGGCAGCGGCUGCCGCAAUGGCCGCUACCACAUACGGGCUUAGCAAUUUAGGAGCGUACGAUAUGAGGCGCUACACGACAGACUUCAAGCGACAUGCGACUAUGAAUUCCGAUUAUGAAGCGUUCUGUUUCGAUUUGGAUAAGAAACCGACACAGCAGCGCUUGACCGUAUGUGAGGGUGCCGUUAAGUCGAAGCUGCAAAUAUUUGACAAACUGAAGCAACAGCAGCAGCAACGUACACAACAGUUGCAAACGACAAUGACAGGGACAAGAACAACGCCAGCGUCAGCGCAAACGCAGACAAGCGGCGGAGGUGCAUCGAGUGCAGCAUCGUCAAAGUGAAGAAAGUAGGACAGUAGGACAGGGCCAAAUAGGCUGUAUUACACUAAGCAUUGACUUUGAGAGCAGCAGUAAUUGUUAUUUAUUUCUUUUCAUCAAUUUCAUUACAUAUAAUUUUUUGUUCCAAGGUUUCGCAUCUGUUAUCGCUAUCUGCACUAAUUUAAAGGCGUGAAUCGUGGAAUUUUCAAAAUAGAAAGUUGCAGCUGCGCAAAGAGCAUACAAAUUUAAAAUCAAAAACAAAAUGUAUGCUUUUGAGCAAAGUAAAACAAUAAAUUUUUAAAAUUGUCUGCAUCCUCAAGCAGCUGCAACAUUCUAAAUCCAGUAAAGUAAUCGAAAGAAAAUAGAGAAGCAAUUACAUACCUCUCUGGCCGCAAUCCGUCACAACUCUAUCGCUUUUUAAUAUACAUACAUAUGUAACAGUUCCAUUUCAUAUCAUCAUGUCGCAUCGAAGACUAUUUCCUUUGUUUGUUGUCAGCAUCUGUUUUGUUAUGUAAUAAAAUUUUUUUGUUAGUUUGUAACAAUGCGUCAAAAGCGCAAGUAAAAAGGUGAAAAAAUCAUUUACCAAUUAAGUUCACACGAUAUAUAUAUAUACAACAAAUAAAUAUGUAUCAGUAAUUUAAAUUGAAUAACUAUAUCUUCCUGUUCACAAUAC